UCAGGCUGCCUGAUAGGGGCUGUGAAUCUCAAAUCCAGCAACCGAAACCCAGUAGUGCAGGAAUUUGAAAGUGUAGAAUUGUCUUGUAUCAUUACGGAUUCACAGACAAAUGACCCUAGGAUUGAAUGGAAGAAAAUCCAAGAUGACCAAACCACAUACGUGUUUUUUGACAACAAAAUUCAAGGGGACCUGGCAGGUCGUGCAGAACUGUUGGGGAAAACUUCCCUGAAGAUCUGGAAUGUGACACGGACAGACUCAGCCCUCUAUCGCUGUGAGGUUGUUGCUCGGAAUGACCGCAAAGAAAUUGAUGAAAUUGCCAUUGAAUUAAUUGUGCAAGUGAAGCCAGUAACCCCUAUCUGCAGAGUGCCAAAGGCUGUCCCUGUAGGCAAGGCAGCAACGCUGCAGUGCCAGGAGAGCGAGGGCUAUCCCCGGCCUUACUACAACUGGUAUCGCAAUGAUGUGCCGCUGCCAACGGAUUCCAGAGCCAAUCCCAGAUUUCGAAAUUCCUCUUUUCUCUUAAACUCUGAGACAGGCACUCUGGUUUUCAGCGCUGUUCAUAAGGAGGACUCUGGGCAGUAUUAUUGCAUUGCUUCCAAUGAUGCAGGCUCAGCCAAGUGUGAGGAACAAGAGAUGGAAGUCUAUGACCUGAACAUUGCUGGAAUUAUUGGGGGUGUUCUGGUUGUUCUUGCUGUCUUGGCCCUGAUAACGUUGGGCAUCUGUUGUGCAUAUAGACGCGGCUACUUCAUCAACAAUAAACAAGAUGGAGAAAGUUACAAGAGCCCAGGGAAGCCUGAUGGAGUUAACUAUAUCAGGACAGAUGAGGAGGGUGACUUCAGACACAAGUCAUCGUUUGUGAUCUGAGACCUGGCGGUGUGGCUGAGAGCAUAUGCAGAUACCUCUACUAGAAAGAAACUCCUGUCAAGGGCAGUCAUGAGCCAAGUGCACUUGGACAGAGCUAGACACUCAUGCACAAGCUUUUUGUUUUGGCCAAAGUUGACCACUACUCCUUUCUUACUCUUUUAACAAGCCACACAAAUAAAGGAAUCUUCCACAAGAUGGGCACAGUAA